AUGGGUGUUGAGUCUUCUUCUUAUCAUGGGGAAUCCAUUACCCCCGCUCCGGCUGUUCAGCCGCAGCACCACUCUAGCCAAGAGACCAUUGGCAGCACCAAGCCUGAGCUUGGGGUCGACACCCCUGUCCCCCGCAUCACGCUGCGCGCUGCCGUCAUGGGCCUGUUCGUCUCCAUGGGUGGCCUCCUCUUCGGAUAUGACACCGGUCAGAUCUCUGGUUUUCAGGAAAUGUCCGACUACCUUGAACGCUACGGUCAGCUCCAGUCGGAUGGUUCAUAUGCCUUCAGCAACGUCCGGUCUGGUCUGAUUGUUAGUCUGCUGUCUAUUGGUACACUCGUUGGUGCUCUUUGUGGUGCUCCCGUCGCCGACAAGCUUGGUCGAAAAUGGUCCAUCACUGUCUGGUGUAUGAUCCUCAUCGUCGGCCUGAUCGUCCAGAUCUCCGCCCCCUCCGGCAACUGGGUCCAGAUGGUGAUGGGCCGUUGGACCACUGGUCUGGGUGUCGGUGGAUGCUCCCUUGUCGUACCCAUGUACCAAGGAGAGAGCGCCCCUAAACAUGUUCGUGGAGCUAUGAUUAGUUCCUACCAGCUGUUUGUCACGCUCGGUAUCUUCCUAGCGUACUGUAUCAACCUGGGAACCGAGAGUAUGGAGGGCAGUGCCCAAUGGCGCAUUACCCUUGGCUUGACCUUCCUGUUUGCCCUUAUUCUCGGCCUCGGCAUGGCUAUGUUCCCUGAGAGCCCUCGCUUUGCCUACCGCCACGGCAAGAUCGAUGCUGCCCGUCAAACCAUGGCCCGUCUGUAUGGUGUUCCCGAAAACCACGUCGUCAUCGUUCGCGAGCUGGCUGAAAUUCAAGCCCAGCUCGAUGCCGAAAGCGAGCAGACCCAGGUGUGGCACGAAUUCAUUACCGCCCCGCGCAUGUUCUACCGCAUUAUCCUUGGUAUCGUCCUUCAAGCUCUCCAGCAACUCACCGGCGCCAACUACUUCUUCUACUAUGGUACCACUAUUUUCCAAGGUGCCGGUAUUUCCAACUCCUUCGUGACCCAGGUCAUCCUUGGUGCCAUUAACUUCGGCACAACCUUCGGUGGUCUCUACGUUGUUGAGAACUUCGGUCGUCGCAAGUCUCUUAUCGCCGGUGCUACCCUGAUGUUCAUCUGCUUCAUCAUCUUCGCCUCCAUUGGCCACUUCAUGCUCGAUGUUGAUCACCCUGAGAAUACUCCCGGCCCCGGUAAGGGUAUGGUUGUCGUCGCGUCCUUCUUCGUCCUGUUCUACGCCACCACCUGGGGUCCGAUCGUCUGGUCUAUUGUUGCCGAGCUCUUCCCCUCCAAGUACCGUGCCAAGGGUAUGGCUCUUGCCACCGCCUCCAACUGGCUCUGGAACUUCCUUAUUGGAUUCUUCACUCCCUUCAUCACCGGAGCCAUUGACUUUGCCUACGGCUACGUUUUUGCCGGCUGUCUCCUCGUCGCUGUCUUCGUCGUCUACUUCUUUGUCAUCGAGGGCAAGGACCGAACCCUCGAGGAGCUCGACUGGAUGUACAUCAACCACGUCAAGCCUUGGGAGAGCAGCAAGUACGAGAUCCCCCGGAUCACGUACCACGAUGAUGCCCGGGGCGCUAGGAAGGAGAACACUGAGCACGCGGAGAUUGCUUAG